CCACCGCGCCUGCGCGGGGAGGGGGCCGGGCCGAGCGGGGCGAGAUGGCGGGCUCCGGCCCGGGGGUCCCCGCGGCGCCGUUUGACCCCUCCGAACCGCCGGUCAUCGAAGGCUUCAACCCCAGCGCUCACUAUAAGGCGGAGGGUUUCAGGGAGAAGUUCCUGCGCAAGACUCGAGAGAACCCGGUGGUGCCCAUCGGUUGCCUGGCCACGGCCGCCGCGCUGUCCUACGGACUCUACUGCUUCCACAGCGGCAACAAACAGAAGUCCCAGAUGAUGAUGAGGACGCGGAUCGCCGCCCAGGGCUUCACGCUCACCGCCAUCUUGGUGGGCUUGGCGGCCUCGGCCCUGAAAGCCCGCAACGGAGUCUCUCCCUGAGCCCGCACCUGUCCUAUCGAGGGGACCGUCUUCCCGCGCCCCCGACUGUCCCAAUCCCACCCACGCGGGGGGCGGCUUGGGGGUGGGAGGCUCUGGGGUGCUCUGGCACCGCUGUGUAAUGCUGUCACAUUGAAACAUUAAAGUUUCACGAGUUGGAUGCGGUA